AUGGUCGCGGAAAUCCACGAGGGAGACCUCGUGGUGGUCACGGAAGACAUCGCGUACAGCUACGAGCGCGACGCGGACGGCAACGGCGAGCCCGACUGCACCCUCCACAGGGACCUCCAGGGCAGGGUCCGCCAGAUCAGCGCAGAGGGCCACGCCCUGGUUCGCUUCCCGGCACCGCACCUGGACAAGUGGGUGCUACAGGAAGACAUCUACCUCCUGAAAGCGGUCGUCGAUACCGAGAGGGCCCCCUACGCCGACCACGGCGAGCCGAGCGCCGUCCCGCUCGUGCCUGCUGCGCUGCCGGAGCCCGUGACACCGGCGCCCCGCCUGUCGAAUCCCGCGCAGUUCGUGCCCGUCGCGUUCCUGUCUUGCACCAUAGCCUUCCUGUACUGCGUCUACGUCUUCUGCCACUGCCUGCCGCUGAUGCAGCUGAAGGAGCAGCCAGACAUGGUGGACCACGAUGCCAGGCUGCGGGGAACGGUCUCGCUCGUGGUCUUCUCCGUGGCCCCGCCCUGGGCCGGGAGACGCAUUAGCAAGGCCAUCUCGGAGUGCGACCCGGGCAUAUUCAUCCGAACUCUUCGGAGGUGUAUUAGCGAGGUCAUGUCGGAGUGCGUAAUUCUGGAACCCGCGGCCAACCUGGAGGACCCUGAACAAUUGAGCAAGGAGCUGGAGGAUCAGAGAGUACGAGCAGCGGAGAUGCGAGAGGACGAGGGGGACUUGCGCAAGCGGUUGGCCCCGUCCGCGUCCAGGGGCGCGAUCUUGCUCAGUGCGCUCGCGGGCGACAUCGCCAAUAUCCACGCGGCGGUUUCGCCGGGGCCGCCCGCGCAGGCGACUGGAGUUAGCGAGGCAAUCUCGGAGAGCAGUCGGCUCUCGGCGAAGCGAGGAUACCCUGGCUUGCCCAGGAGACAGGAGACCAAGGCUGCGUGGGAGAGAUCAGGGGAAAUGUGCAAGGCAAUGAAGUUUGCUCGCAGACAUGGCGGGUGCUUCUGGUCUGCUGACGCCACCGACAAGAUAGAGAAGGAGACGUUCCAGCAGCCACGCGCAGCGAAGGACUACGAGAAGUUCGACCUCAGAGGUUGCAUCGACGGACCCCAGCGACUGGCCACCCGCCCUGCGGCAGAGGUCAGAGAGAUGAACCACGUUGCAUCAGACUUGUUCUUCGUGCCAGUCAGCAAUUGGGCGUUUCGGAAGUCGUCGGCAGCGGGGCAGAACUACGGGAACCAGUUCAGCGAGAGGGGCAGGGGGCGCAAGCUGGGGCCAACGGCAGUGGCGGUGUCGAUCGAUCGGGCACCGGGCGCUCUGACCGACUUCCUGGAGCUGGCGGGAGACAACGGCGAGCGCAGCCAGGCCAUGGUCACAGAGACAAUCAACGGGUGCAAUGUCAGCGGGAGCCACAAGGCGCGCAACAAGAAGAACAGGAAUCCGGGCGAAGACGAACAGGAGUUCUGGGAGGAGGGCCCAGGCAAUAUUCCGAUCGGCAUCAACGGGCCCCCCAACUUCAGGGCAGCGCUCCCGAAGGGCACGAAAGAGGGCGCAAUUGCGAAGCUGGGCCAGUUCGCGAGCCACAACCUUAGGAUGGCAGUGGGGAUUCUGGUCGUCUACAUAGGAGGCAAGAAGUCCCAGUCGGCGGCGCCCAUGUCGAAGCUGGAGAGGAAAGCGCAGGGCCCAGACGGGCGUUAG